CUGCCCCAACACAGCGGCCUUUCAAACGACUCUGAACAGUCAAACCGCGACUUAACGAUGCCGCUGAUUGGCGGGCCCAAGUCGAAGACCCAGUCGGUAACAGCUACACAGUCGCUAUCUGGUAGCACUCCGGAAAUGUCAACGCAGCGGAGCAGGGAGGCCAGCUGCAUAAAAAUGGACCGAAGGCAUCAAGUCCUACUCGACAAAGAGCCUGUCGGGAGCGCGAAGAGCAGCAUGACGUCGUCGUCCAUCCGACGCCAGAGGAGAUUCCUCACGGCGAGGCUCGACAAGCCUCCGACGCAGAAGCAAGCCAUGUCGACGCCUCACCUCGAGAGGCACGUCUUCGAUAAUGCAAGCGCCAGCAGGCUUCCGCAGGACAAGCAUUCGCUGCGUGGCAGACUGGGCCCGCGGCCCGCCAUCAGCGAUAAUCAGAUGCAAGCGGGCGGCCGACCGCUGCGGGAGCGCCAUAGAGCUGAGCAGCCGUCGCCCUACUCCGUCAGUCGGCACCGACCGUGGAUCGUCGACGCAAAGUCACGCAACGGCAGACUGAAG